CCGUAAAAAAAAUUCUCUGUCAUCCAACCAGGAAGAAGGUGGGCUAGCCCUGCGAAGCUAACAUCACCAACCUUUCUCAUUAGUUUCUCCGGUAAUAAUGAGCUCCUGCAGGUGGAAGGUUGUGGUGGCGGCGUUAGUCGCGGUGUUUGGUUCUUUAUUACCUGUCGACGCAGACGAGCACGAACACACGUACAAAGACAAAGAAGAGGUUGUUUUGUGGAUGAACACAGUGGGGCCUUACCACAACCGACAGGAGACGUAUAAGUAUUUCUCAUUGCCUUUCUGUGCGGGCUCUAAGAAGACCAUCAGCCAUUACCAUGAAACGCUGGGAGAGGCGCUCCAGGGAGUGGAACUGGAAUUCAGCGGCCUUGACAUAAAAUUCAAAGAGGAAGUCCUGCAGACCACGUAUUGCGAAAUUGACCUGGACAAAGCAAAACGGGACGCAUUUGUCUAUGCUAUAAAAAAUCACUACUGGUACCAAAUGUACAUCGAUGACCUGCCCAUCUGGGGUAUUGUAGGUGAAGCUGAUGAAAAUGGAGAGGAUCAUUAUCUGUGGACCUACAAGAAACUGGAGAUUGGCUUCAACGCCAACAGAAUUGUUGACGUUAAUCUCACCAGUGAAGGCAAAGUCAAACUUGUGCCGAACACAAGAAUUGCAAUGUCUUAUUCUGUUAAGUGGAAGAAGUCUGAUGUGAAGUUCGAGGACAGAUUUGACAAGUAUCUUGAUCCGUCCUUCUUUCAGCACAGGAUUCACUGGUUCUCUAUUUUCAACUCAUUCAUGAUGGUGAUUUUCUUGGUGGGUUUGGUGUCAAUGAUCCUUAUGAGAACGUUGAGGAAAGACUAUGCACGUUAUAGCAAAGAGGAGGAAAUGGAUGACAUGGAUAGAGAUUUAGGGGAUGAAUACGGGUGGAAGCAAGUCCAUGGAGAUGUGUUUCGACCGUCCAGUCAUCCGCUGAUCUUCUCUUCGCUUAUCGGCUCUGGAUGCCAAAUUUUUUCUGUCUCCCUCAUUGUCAUCAUCGUUGCUAUGGUGGAAGAUCUCUACACAGAAAGAGGAUCCAUGCUGAGCACAGCCAUUUUUGUGUAUGCUGCCACCUCACCUGUCAACGGCUACUUUGGAGGAAGCUUGUACGCCAAACAAGGAGGCAGAAAGUGGAUAAAGCAAAUGUUCAUUGGGGCAUUUAUGAUCCCAGCCAUGGUUUGUGGGACUGCCUUCUUCAUCAACUUUAUCGCUAUCUACUACCAUGCCUCCAGAGCUAUCCCAUUUGGCACUAUGGUUGCUGUUUGUUGUAUCUGCUUUUUUGUUAUUCUGCCACUGAACCUUGUGGGAACAAUUCUGGGGCGAAAUCUGUCGGGCCAGCCGAACUUCCCCUGUCGGGUGAACGCUGUACCACGACCGAUUCCUGAGAAGAAAUGGUUCAUGGAGCCAGCUGUGAUUGUCUGCCUUGGAGGAAUCCUUCCAUUUGGUUCCAUUUUCAUUGAGAUGUAUUUCAUCUUCACAUCUUUUUGGGCCUAUAAGAUCUACUACGUGUACGGCUUCAUGAUGCUCGUCCUGGUCAUUCUGUGCAUUGUAACUGUGUGUGUCACCAUUGUGUGCACGUACUUCCUGCUCAAUGCUGAGGACUACAGAUGGCAGUGGACAAGCUUCCUCUCUGCUGCAUCAACUGCUGUUUAUGUUUAUAUGUACUCCUUCUACUACUACUUCUUCAAAACCAAGAUGUACGGACUGUUCCAGACAUCAUUCUACUUUGGUUAUAUGGCUGUUUUCAGUACCGCCCUGGGAAUCAUGUGUGGUGCUGUAGGCUACAUGGGAACAAGUGCCUUUGUGAGGAAGAUCUACACAAAUGUGAAAAUUGAUUAAGCAGUAAACACAGGGAUAUUAACGGAUUUGCUGAAGCAUAUCCUAAAAGACGGCGGGCACAAGUCAUUCUUACUUUUCUUUCCUGCAAAGAGAUUGUGGAAUAUCUCUCUCUCUGUACUAUGUAGAUUUUUUUUCUGACCGCUGAAAGAAAGUGAGCCACAGCAAAUCUGCAGAAGAGAUUUCAAACAUGGGUUCUGUUUUUAAUCCGUUGCUUUCAAACAAAUGUUUAAGGAUGAGGUGGCUCCUCACUCCAGUCCCACUUGAGAAGACAGAUGUUUGAUGGAAUAGUGUAGCUCUCUUCAGUGAAGAGGCCAGCGUGCUUUGAAAGCCUUUGUUCUGUUGUGUCAGAAUUUUGGAGGGUCAGCUCUGUGCCUGUGUUCUUACGUCAUUUCUAUUUUGUGUUCUCACUCUGGUUACUCCACAGUACGUUACCUUGUUCACAACAUUAAGUUCUUUCCCAAUGUUGACACUUCUGACUUGUAGCAGUCCAUGCAGUUGCGGUCUUUUAGUCCUUCUGUUGUUGGCUGUGCGUGUGAUUGACAGCUGAGCUACAGUAAGAACUGAAUUUUAAAUGGAUGUUUGUGAUUCAUUUCCCCAUUUGCUUUCUUAAUGUCUGGGUUCCAAUGAAGUCUACCUGUAAAGAUAAUAUAUGGAUGGGGGGAGGAGUGUAUAUAACCAAAAUAAUGUACCUUUAGAUGUAGAUCCCAAGUGUAUUUUCGUUGUACAGAUUUACUACGGGCGCCUUUUGUUUUUAAAGACUUUGUUUGGAGUGGGUCUGAUUACAUCUUGCUUGAAAUUGCAUGAAGUUUUCAUAAACCAUCUGCUGCAAAGCCACUUUUUUUUUGUUUGUUUUAAGCUUUUGUCUGGGCACUCAUUCUGAUUUGUCCUUUAAAGCUUUAAACUGCUUUGUUUUCUGCUCGGUCACCCCAUCACAUUCUGUUGCCUCCCCGAAACAUCUUGGAGAAUGUCGGAUGGAAUGAGGCAGCGGCUUUGUUCCUGUAAACAUACUGUACAAAGUGCAGUUGACGUACAUUUAAUGUUUUCAUCACCACACUGCUGCCAAUUGUCAGAUGCUUUCCCUUUGUGUAAAUACAGUAUGUACCCUACUUGUGUGAGAAGUGGCAAAGCCUUUUGUUUUGUUUCUCUUCUUCCCAGUUCUGCUCCAUUGAAGUUAAUUUUUGCACCUGACGUUGUGUACCAAUGUCUGUUCAGACAUUUUGAACCUGCAUAUUAACUUACUGUAAAAAGAAAAUAAACAUGUUUACAUACA